AUGAAGGUUCUGGGGCUCCUUCUUACCGCCGGCCUAGCGUCGGCACGCAUCCACCUCCCACGCCAAGCUGGUAUCAACAACCUCAACAUCAGCAGCAGCGGUGGGUCAAACAUUGGCGUCAACGGCGCGUCCAGCUUCAACCUGGCAGACUUCGAUUUGGGUGAACUGGGCCUCGAUGGUCUGGAGGUCGGCGGCCUGAAUCUCGGUACUGUCGACCUCGGAAACCAGGACGUCAUCGCCGAUGCUAUCCUGGCUAUGCUCGGGGGCUUCUGCCUAGGCAAUGCCCUCGACCGGAACAACAUCUUGAGUUUUGGGUUCAACAAUGACGUGGAUCUGUUCUUCCAGCUUGCGCAGUUGAUGCAACUCGAGCAGCUGGGAUUCUUGGAUUUAGGGGGUGUCCAGUCCCUGUUUAAUAACGGGCAGGUCUUGGGCGGGUUCAACUUGGGCGUUUUCAAGCGCGAGGUCUCCGAGGCUAAAAAGAUGAUGAAGCGCACCAAGCUGCGGCGCGGCCAGAAGGCCAAGCGGCAGUGCGCCACGGAAGGUGUGGGCGCGGGCAAUUCGGGGGCUGCGAUCAAUGACAACACCUUCAACAUUGCCACGGCGCCCCCGGACACGUCCGCUACGGUAACCGCGACGGCUGACGAUGCCGGCUUCACAAUUGCCACCGUCCCCGAUGAAGAGGCAGGAUUCACCAUCGCCACGGCACCAGGAUCCUCGGUCGCCGUCUCGACAAUGGUCGCUGCCAGUGCUACCCAGGUAGCUGAAACAUCGCUGGCUUCCGCUUCUGCCGUCGCUAUCGCCGCGUCAGAUGCUGCCUCGGUUGCUACUCCUGCCGCCGAAGCAGCCGUGAGCGCCAUUCCUGCGGCUGCCGCUUCUGUUGCGCCUGCUGCUGCUGCGGAUUCCGUCGCUUCCGUCCCUGCUGCUGGUGCUUCUGCUGCCACUUCCGCGACGGCGGCGGCGGAUGUUCCGGGAGGAGCCGAUGACGUUGACCUGGCAGACCUCACACGUUAA